AUGGCGGACCAUGCGGUCGAGGAGAAUUCAGCUGUGUUACCGAACGCAACAGUUCUCUUCGAAGCUCAGUCGCCCUGCACUCAGUAUAACAACGACGAAAAUAGUCCUCUAAGUCCCGGAGAAAUUCGAAUGAUGAGAAAUCACCCUAAAGUUGCGUCUGUGCUCUUCUCUCCCGCGCGGAAAACGCGAGGGGAAGGAAAAAUUAAACCAAAGUCUUUCUCUUCGGCUCUGUAUUCUUCACCCACGAGGAAAACGGUAUGUUCGUUGAAUCCUGUUCGUUACGUUUUACUCUCUUUUUGUUUAGGAAGCUUUGGAUGGUUGUUCUCAUGCUUCCUGCUGAAUAAAGCCAAGUUUUUUUUCACUUUGUGGCAGAAACUACAAGGACUCCAAAAGGAGACGCGAAAAACACUUCAAGUUCUUCAACCGACGGCUAGCGGCGAUGGUACACUUGUGGGAAGUCGUGGAGUGAUAAGACACAAGGAAACGGUGAGGGUCAGUUUUAUGCAUGGGAGCUUCAGAAAAGUACUUUCAAGGUCGAAGUUUGAAAACCUCAAAGCCAGUUUGAAACUUCAGAAUACCCCGCGAUAACAAUCGGAGAAACGCUGUAACAUAUUAAAAGCACAAGGCGUAACACAAUAGGCACUCCUGUUGUUUAACGAGAUGCAAAUAAGUGGCGGGAUACUGCCUAAAUUUUCGGUGCCCAGUAGUAAAUUUUAAAUUUUAAUGACCCGGACAAGCCCACUUUCCGGCCAUGAAAGUGGAAGAUACAGAAGAAGAGCAAUGAUUUUUAAUUUUUUUACCCAGGACCUCUACAAUACUACUGUAGUCGCAACAGAUAAAGUUUCCUGUUGUGCUUUGGACCACUUCGUGGGUUAUCAACUUGUUAUUUUUCCAUUCAUUAGCCCUUCUAGUCUGCCUUGUCCCAGUCAAGGGAUAAAUAUGGAACAAUAAUAUCCAUUUACAGAAUGGAUGUGAAACAAAGCCAACUCAUUCUACUCCUUUAUACUAAGCCCCCGGGGUACUCCCAUACAUUACCUAUACGGGUAUGUGCCGCCCAACGGGGGCGUGAUUUUGAAGCUCCUGAUUUAGAACGGGGUAUCCAUUUCAGAAGCGUUUUCUAGAAAGGGGUAUAAAAAAUUCUGGAUCAUGGCUUUAUCUUCUGCUUAAAAUUGUUGCUGAUUAUGAAGAAGCAUUUAUUUGAUGUAUAAGUCGAGCAAAUAAAGAAAUAUCUUAUUUAGAUAACAGGGCUAUUUCAAUUUACAAACUUUCUAGAACGGAGUAUAAACAAUUGGCCCAUUUUUAGUACGGGGUAUCAGUUUUAGGGCGAAUUCUAGAACGGGGUAUAAAAAAUUGGCCCAUUUCUAGAACGGGGUAUCAAUUUUAGGGGAAAUUUUUUUAGAACGGGGUGCCAAUUUGGAGUCCCAGGCGGCACAUGCCCACCCAAAAAAUACCCAAGUGCCCAAAAAAUAGUGCCCAAAAAUACCCAAAUUGUAGUUAAUUAACCAUAAUUUUACUUUUUUCCCUUACCUUUCUCAUACCAAUUUGAAAGAAAUCAAAGAAGAAUAAGACUCCUGUGUUGCAACUCAAGCAACAGAAGCUCAAGAUUCCAGCAUCAGGCAGCAGUACUUCAACAUGUACAGAUUCAUCUGAUUCAGACACAGCAGGGAGUUCAGUAAAGAAGGUACAAUCAAACAAAACUGAAAUUCAGCAAGAUGCACAUGCACACCACUAGGCUUUUUGACAUAUUCUUGUCUGAACCCUAUGCUACACCAUUGAGUGCUAGCAGGGACAAAACAGCCGUCUGUGUAUGGUUGUGUGCCUGUGUUUUGUACUGGCCAUACUGCAGAAUUGUCGUAGCAUGCUUUUUUGUAGAAUUUUGUUUUGCACUGGUAUAUUGAGACACUCCAAUCAAUGAACAACUCUUUCAGCAUUUUCAUUGAUGACAAAAUAAAGUUUUUAAUGACAAAAUGGCUGUUCAUAAGACAAUUUGAUUUUAGGGUAUUGUUUUGCACUGUGGACAAAUAUUGAGCUCAGAACAUCCCCCCACCUUAAUCAAUCACAAUUCUCCUUCUGAACAGCAAUUUUUAUUGAACAUUGAAGAAGGAAAAGGGACAAAAGAGAUGGUUCAAGCUAAAAUUUGAAAAAUAUAAUGUUGAUAAUAACUUAUUUUUUUUUACCUUUCAUUGUUGUAACAGUUUUGUCAAUUUUUUUGCCAUCACUUAAAACACUGAUUUUGCAUGAAGAGAAUCAUCUCAAAUUUUGAAUGAAAAAAUCAAGAAUUAAUAAUAUUUGCGUAUAACCAGCCUUGAGUUGAAACAUUUUUGUUUCUAGGACACAAAAAAGUUACAAAGUGAUGUGAAUGAAGAAGCAAUAUCCUUGAUGGUUUCAGGUAGUAGAAUUUUUCAAAAUUAACUGUUUUGACCACCUCUAGUUUAAGCUUGGACACUUUCAUAUGGUCUUUGUUUUUGAGAAAAAGAGUUUGUCUUUGAAAAUUGCCAGCUCCAUGCCUUUUUGUCAGGCACCAAAUCCUGUUUUUGCAAAGCUGCAGCAAGCACAACAAUUCAGGGAAUACAGUGGUCAUGUUCCAAUACUCUUUCCAGGUGCACUUAUUUAGUCACCUGAGUAGCCCCUAUAGAUUUUCACACCACCCUUCAACCCUCGGUUUGUUGUAGAAAAAAGUGAAAAUCAACGAAGUUUACCCAUUUAACUGUGCUCCCAUCUUGUGCAUAGAGUCAUCAACAUGUACUCUGAACCAUUUUUAACUGUGAAUAUGUGCAUGCAGAUCCAGCACCUGAGAGAUACUGGGAGCUGCUCGCAGAGGAAAGAAGGCUGGCUUUGCAAGAAGCACUGGAGGAAAAUGAGAGGGUUAGUUUCUUUGUACCAUGAUGCUUUUACUUUAACAACAGAAAAGUCGUUGGUCUUUGUUGCAUGAAUUUAAAAGACUUGAGUUGUGUUUGUUUUGACCAGCUUUACAAAGAGAUGGAAGAGCUUAAAGAACGAAACAAAACCUUGCAAGAAAUAGCUGGCCAGGCAGAAUAUUUUGCUUCCCUCUACCAGGUACAUGCAGUAAUAAUGCAGAAGUCAGUUUUAGCUGAUUAAAAAUACCUUAAAUGAACAACCCUAGGAUCAAUAUUGAAGAUGCAGUAAUACUGAAGUUUUGGUUGGUAUGUUACCUUAUUGUUUUUUUGUUGUGUUUUUAAACCUCCAGUAGCUCUUUCACCCUGUGAGUAGAGCCUUAUUUUGUCUACUUGAGUGAGGAGGAUUAAAGGAGGCUCUGCCUGAAUAAGAUCAAACCUUUGAGGUUGAGGCAGCCCAAACUUCUGGACUGGUCAGUCUUGUUCUAUCUCGUCAGACUGGUUUUUUUGAGUGUGAGCAUCCAUUUAUUGAUAAACCGCUGGAGCAAGCACAAGGCUGUUACGGCUGGGUUCAAAUCUAUUAGUAUAUCAGUAACAACAUCUUGUGCAUGCUCAACAACUUGAUCUUACUCGCUUCAUGCAGUCUUUUUUCGAGUAUGGCAAAUUGAGCAAGCGAAGGAAAGGCUCUGCUGACAGGGUGUAGCUCUUUUCGUCAUCUAAAUAUCCUAAUUUUGGUCAUUAGAAACUAGAUUCAAAUAAGCUGAUGCCUUGUGAAGGGAUGUAUGCUCACUAUAGGAUUAAACCUAAGAUUGAGAACUUAAAAGAAAUGCAUUUUAAUAAGUAAUAUUAUUAUAUUAAACUAUUACAGCUGACAUGUUUUGGCAUCACUAAUCAGGUUUGUAAUGGCAGUGUAAAACAUUCUUUGUCUGUUUUCUCAGCCUAAGUUGCACUGCACUAUUUCUUCAUAUUUUAGAUGGUCAUGGAGGGUGAAGUUCCUGACACAGAAUCUAGUGAGGCAACUGAUGAUGAAGGUGUAGCGGCUGCCUGGUAAAUGUAGGCACAGAAAAUAACAUUAAUAUGUUCAAACUGUUCCUUCAUUCUUCUAUCAUCAAUGCAGGUUUUACUCAAAAUUAUAAAGAGCUGUGAGGCACAUGGAAAUGACAUUAAAAAUAAUAAAUGCAAUGCAAUUUGCAAAAAUAAGUUGUCUUGGUGGGUCCCAAGUUUGCUAACUCUUUUAUUUGUUGAGAAACAAACUAAGAUUGUCAGACAAAGGAAUCAAACUCCAUUUCUCGUGACACCAUUAAGUUUUCCUUGUCUUCAUGGAAGAUUAUGACCAUUAAUCAUAUUGAUACCAGUCCCAAUUUCCUGGAAUGUUGCUUUAAAAUCCCAGGCUGGAAUACUACAAACAGUCCAUUUUAAUGUCAGCUGUCCUUGGGUGUUAAGACAUCAUUUUACACUGUCUUGUACCUGAACAAAAUGAUAUUUAUGUUUAAUUCUUUUUAAAUGCAUUUUUACCGGUAACUCAAUCUGUUGAAAUUGAGUUUAAUCUUAGAUAUCAAUUUUAAUUAGGUUCUGGUAAUGGAAAGAAUUUUGCAACCAAGCAUCUGAAUCUUGUCCCUCUUUUUUUUUUUUUUUUUUUUGCUUACUUGUCUUAUUGCAGCAUUAACCUUGACCAACCAUCAAAUAAAUAACUUGGAG